GCAUUGUCCAGUAUUUCUUAGAAACCAUUUGUAAGUAGCGGUAGUCUGCCGAUUCACGCGUGUCAUCCCGAUAACCUUUGACAUUGUUUAUAUCUCGGUUACUUUUUGCUUAAAUCAUUCAAGAAUUAAUUGAUCGUAUAGUGAUCAAGAUAACAAUUUAGUAAUCCUUUCAAGAACACGCCAAUUCGCUGAUUAAGUUUUAUGGUUAGUGUUUAGUCUUCUUUACUGUAAAUGGCGGUUAAGAAAACAGAAGAUCUCGAGAAUAAGCUUCUUCCACCAGAUGGGGGCUGGGGAAUUGUCGUAGCGUUGGCCGUUGCGACAGUAUUUGGUUCUAUAAUUGUACCCACUGGAGUUUUUGGGGUAGUAUACGGGCCGUUUCUCGCCACCAUCGGAGACGAAACAAGCGGAACAGCAAUAGUAAAUUCCGUGUUUAACACAGUGCUCUGUUUCACUGGGUUACCAGCAAACCAGCUUCUGCAGAGGACUUCGUAUCGUGUAGUCGGUCUACUGGGGGCUCUAUUGUACUUUUUGGGCAGUUUCUCGUGCAUAUUCGUUACGAGCCGAGCUCAACUGGUGAUCACAUGGGGAAUUUUGCAAGGCAUGGGGUUCGGUUUGAUGAUGCCGGCAGUUUUCACGGCCUUCAAUCGCUACUUUGAUACGAGGCGAAACGCGGCAAUGGCCAUGGCUCAAGUCCUAGUAGCUGCACUUAAUAUUUCCUUCCCGUUCUUAGCAACACUGUCAAUGGAUACCUUCGGAUUUAGAGGAACUGUUGCGCUUAUAUCCGCGUAUGGAUUACACUGUUUCCCAGCCAUGCUUAGUUUGCAACCAGUCGAGUGGUACAUGAAGAAGGAACCCUUGGAUGCAAAUUCGCAAAUGUACCAACUUAGCGGUAAUAACUUAGAGGAGAAUAAAGAGCCGGUACCAACACUGUGCACAUCGACGAGACGUGACAGAAAAUUACUCGAUGCAUGGAAAUCUGUGGAAAAGGCGUUGGAUUUGGGUCUAUUCAAACAGCCCUCAUUUGUUAAUAUAGUGUUAGGUUUAUCACUAUCGAUGACAUCUGAUUUAGCGUUUAUUUCCAUUUUUCCAUUGCUAUUAACCACUGCCGGUUUCAGUACAGAUGAAUUGACAUUAGUAAUGACUACAUACUUUACUGCAGACUUAAUUUCUAGAAUAUUUGUCUUUUUGUUAACUUCACGCAUCGACAUUAGUAGCCGAAAGUUAUUUCUUUUUGGAGCUUCAUUUUCGGCGAUAUUUCGCAUACUUUACGUUGUUGGGGACUCGUUUUGGUGGAUUGUUGUGAUAUCAGCUGUGCUUGGAUUUUUGCGUAGCUUCAUACAAAUCCCGUUACCUUUAGUUGUUGCUGAAGCCUUUCCAACAAGAUUCGUGACGGCCUUUUCUUUAUAUAUGGUGGUUUGUGGAUGCGUUGCUUUAUCGUUUGGACCUUUAAUGAGUUUCGUGAAGCAAACUACUGGAAGGCUGGAUAUGGUUGUCCAUCUUCUGACCUUAGCUCAUAUUUUAUGUGCAGUCCCAUGGUUAAUUGAGAUGGUAUACGCCAAAUUUGUUAGAAAAUGAAUGAUUAAUUUACACUGUGUGCACCACAAGAAUCUAUAUAAGUUAAAAUAGGUAUUUAAUGUAUCUAUAAGGCGCGAAUAGAAUGUAAAAUUAUGAA